AUGUCACCCAAUAACCUGUGUCAGCAGUGCACCUGCAUCUUCAGACGUGUGCUAUCCACCCUGUACCCUGCAUCAUCUUUUACUGCCGUACAGUCUGAGGCCGGCUGCCUAAAAGCUUCCUGGAAGCCAAGACUCUGGAGUGUGGUCCUGGGAGGUGCUCAGCUCAUCUGGUCCAUUGCUCUGAUCUCUGAGUUUGUACAUCAGAAGGAAGUGGUAGCGUGGACCUACAACUACAGCACACGGGCAUACACGUGGAAUUACUCACGGGCGUUCUGCCAGAAGUACUUCACGGACUUAGUGGCCAUCCAGAAUAAGAAUGAAAUCGCUCACCUCAACGACGUCAUCCCAUACUUCAGCUCUUACUACUGGAUUGGAAUCCGAAAGAUCAAUAAUAAGUGGACCUGGGUGGGGACCAAUAAGACUCUCACACAGGAGGCCGAGAACUGGGCGGAGAACGAGCCCAACAACAAGAGGAACAACCAGGACUGCGUGGAGAUCUACAUCAAGAGUAACUCGGCCCCUGGCAAAUGGAAUGAUGAACCCUGCUCCAAACGCAAGCGGGCCCUGUGCUACACAGCAUCCUGCCAGGACACGUCCUGCAAUAAGCAAGGGGAGUGCAUUGAGACCAUCGGGAACUACACCUGCUCCUGCUACCCUGGCUUCUAUGGGCCAGAGUGUGAAUACGUUGAAGAGUGUGGAAAGUUGGACCUUCCUCCACACGUGCUCAUGAACUGCAGCCACCCUCUAGGGGUCUUCUCUUUCAGCUCAAACUGUAGUUUCCACUGUGUGGAAGGGUACGAAUUGAGUGGACCCAGCAAGUUGGAGUGUUUGGCUUCUGGAAUCUGGACAAAUAAACCCCCACAGUGUAAAGCUGUGCAGUGCCAGGGCCUGGAGGCCCCUAUCCAUGGAACCAUGGACUGUAUGCACCCUCUCACUGCCUUUGCCUAUGGCUCCCGCUGUAAGUUUGAGUGCCUUCCUGGAUAUCAAGUGAGGGGCUCAGACAUACUCCAUUGCACUGAUGCUGGCCAGUGGACCGGACCAUUGCCAACCUGUGAAGCCAUUGCAUGUGAACCUCUGGAGAGCCCCAUCCACGGAAGCAUGGAUUGCUCCCCAUCCUCAGGAGCAUUUGAGUACAACAGCAGCUGUACGUUCAGCUGUGCAGAGGGCUUCAUGCUGAAGGGAAAUGAUGCCAUUCAGUGUGCUGACUUGGGACAGUGGACAGCCCCAGCUCCAGUCUGUGAAGCGUUGCAGUGUCAGGAUUUUCCAGUUCCAAGAAAAGCUCAGGUGACCUGCUCAGACCCCUUUGGUGCUCUGAAGUACCAGUCAGUCUGCAGCUUUGCCUGUGAUGAAGGCUCACUCUUGGUGGGCGCAAGUACAAUAAGAUGCUUGGCUACCGGAGACUGGAGUGGGGCCCCUCCAGAAUGUCAAGCUGUCACCUGCUCACCUUUGCUCGGCCCUCAGAAUGGAACCGUGACCUGUAUCCAGCCUCUUGGAGGUUCUACUUACAAAUCCACAUGCCAGUUCACCUGUGAUGAAGGAUUUUAUUUAUCUGGACCAGAAAGAUUGGAUUGUUCUCCAUCUGGACACUGGACAGGCACACCACCCACAUGUGAAGCCAUCAAGUGCCCGAGGAUCUUCGCCCCAGAUCAAGGCAGCCUGGAUUGUUCUCAGGAUCAGGAAGAAUUCAGUGUUGGCUCCACAUGCCACUUCUCCUGCAACAAGGAAUUUGAGCUAGUUGGAUCCAAAACUGUGGGAUGCAUGGCUUCUGGACGAUGGUCAGCACCUCCACCAACCUGCAAAGGUGUAACAUCACUUCCUAACCCAGAGGUGCGCUGUCCCGCUCUCACUACCCCUGGGCAGGGGACAAUGUUCUGCAGACACCACCUGGGAAGCUUUGGUCCAAACACCACUUGUCACUUUGGGUGCAAAACUGGGUUUACACUCAGAGGAACCAAUUCGCUCAGAUGCAGGACUUCAGGACAAUGGACAGCAGUGACUCCAGAGUGCAGAGCCAUAAAAUGCUCAGAAUUGCACAUGGACACACCAGGAUCGAUGAACUGUUCCAGCCCCUGGGGAAACUUUAGCUAUGGAUCAUCCUGCACCUUCCACUGUCCAGAGGGCCAGUUACUGAAUGGUUCUACAAGGGCAACAUGCCAAGAGAAUGGCCGCUGGUCAGCUGCCAUGCCAACGUGCCAAGCAGGACCACUGACCAUCCAGGAAGCGCUGACUUACUUGGGUGGGGCAGUGGCAUCUACAACAGGUCUGGCAGUGGGUGGGACACUCCUGGCUCUGCUCAGAAAGCGUCUCAGAAAGAAAGAUGAUGGAAAAUGCCCCCUGAACCCUCACAGCCACCUAGGAACAUAUGGAGUCUUCACUAAUGCUGCGUUUGACCCAACCCCUUGA